CCGGACCCGAUACCCACCACCCACGCGAUUGUGGGGUCAAGCAACGAUUCCCUCGCUUCGCUUCACCGCCGUGCCGUGCCCGUGGCGCUUUAUUCCUUGGCUCUUCCCCGCACCACCACCCAGUCCACCAGCAGCGACCGGUGGUAGGAAGAACGAACCAACUAGCCACAACCAGCGAGGCGGCAAGCCGACAGGCAAGCAGACGAGCAACCGCACCGGGAGGGCGGAGCGGGCGAGCGAGAUGGGUUCCUUCUUCUCGACCAUGUUCACGCCGCCGCCCGCGGACGACCCCAACUCCGCCGUCGUCGCCGCCCACUCCAAGGCCGCCUACGACCAGCACUGGGAGGCCGCCAAGAGCAGCGGCAAGCUGAUGGUGAUCGACUUCUCGGCGUCCUGGUGCGGGCCCUGCCGCUUCAUCGAGCCGGCCUUCAAGGAGAUGGCCUCCCGCUACACCGACGUCGUCUUCGUCAAGAUCGACGUCGACGAGCUCGCGGAUGUGGCAAGGACCUGGAAGGUUGAGGCGAUGCCUACAUUCGUACUAGCCAAGGGUGGGAAGGAGGUGAGCCGUGUGGUUGGGGCGAAGAAAGAUGAACUCGAGAGGAAGAUCGGCACGUUCAGAUCAUCUUAGUCAUACUAACUUAACAAUGCAUGCGAUCCCAUCAUAGUACCGGUGUCUGGGGGGUCCUGUGGUUUGCCCAGGUUGAAAACUUGAAAUGCCAUGUUGUUCUCUUCUCUUAGUGGUGCAGAAUUUAUGUGAACCGGUCGGUGACAAACGUUGCCUGGGUUAAUAAGUUUCUGAGACUUGGAUGUGAAUGUGUCAGUCUGCCUGCCCGGUUUACUCGAAAUGAAUCAUAUGAGUUUGCUGCA